UUUACUACUAAAUCUUGAAACCAUCCAUUCUUCAUUCGCCCAUUUAUUUCCCCCACGUAUCGCCAUCAGCACCUGUCACACUUUCAGAAUACCAGAUGCCAGAGGCAUACCCGCCGUCUCCAGGCGAUUCAGACUCCCUCCUCGACGAACUCGCCUCGUACGGCUCUCCGACACCGUCCCCCCAACCGGGGGAAGAUGAUCCUGUUGCCCUCCAGGACUAUAUUCACAAGAUCACAAAAGGAGAGCUGGAAGCGCCUGUACAUCAGGUUAUGGAUACGAAAAAGCUUUAUGAUGGGUUCUCUCUUUGCCACUCCUAUCCCAUCUGGUGAUCCACGGAUCUGUGCCCCCCGGCCAGUGUCGUGAGGAGACUAACAGGAGAGCGCUGACGAGAUGGUUGUGCAGACUUGAUCAAGAGUGAUUAUAUAGAUCUGUCGCCUGAUUAUCAACGAGACGUGGUCUGGACAACAACAAAGAUGAUAUGCCUAAUCCAAAGUGUCAUGCUGAAAUAUUAUGUACCCCCAUUAAUCUUCUCUCAUAACAAUCUCCGACUUAUAAACGAAAAAAUGGUCUGCAUAGACGGAAAGCAGCGGUGUACAUCCAUCGUACGCUUCAUGGACGGCGAAAUCCCUUUUAUCUCACCAGGUACCAAGGAAAAACUUUGGUUCAAGGACGGGCCGGGAAAAAGAAAGCUGUUACCAAUGCCCUUACGGAGACAUUUUGAACAAGUGAAUUUACCGGCGGUGACGUAUAAAGAAUUGGGAGAUGAACAGCAGAGGGAUAUCUUCCAACGUGUCCAGCUAGGUGUCGCUCUCUCUUCCGCCGAAAAACUCCAGGCAGUCUCCUCCCCUUGGGCACAGUGGUGUUCCAAGCUGGAGAAGAAAUACAUCACCGCCCCCAAUACAUUAGGUGACCUCCUCUCGUGGGAUAUCAAGCGAGCGAAAAGUUUCCAGAAUGUGGUCGGGUUUGUUUAUCUGGCCAAAUGUAAAAAGGAAGGAAGGGAAUCAUCAUCGACGGGCUGGAUGUCUUUGAAGGGACUUCUUGAGGCGAAUAUACCUCCUGAUCCACGUUUAAUGGAUGAAGUGGAUAUGGCCAUGUCAAUAUGGCUCGUCAUUGCUCAGCGGUAUUAUGCUGCCGCAUUCGAUACAAUAUCCAGACGUGUCGCUCCCGUCGAAUCAUGGUUCAUUCCCUUCCUCAUCUUCGUCCACAUGCAUCAACUUUCAUACUCCCAACUCGCACAAUCAAUAGGCGACUUGCGCCAAGAGCUUCAUGACGUUUUUGUGGGCAAUGUUUUCGCCAACACCAAAGUCUCAAGGUGGUUGCUUGAUUGGAUUAAUAGAGUUGAGAACGUGAAGAAGAGAGGGGUGGAGACGGCAGAGGAGCAAUGGAAGAGGGAGAAGGCAGCGCAGAGUCAGACUGAAGGGGAAGGACGGAAGCGAAGAAAGAGGGAUUGAGGACAUUAUUUUGCCAUUAAGGAUGAUACCUGACAUUUUUAGAUUUACUUUUUCAUAAACAAGUUAUUUCCGGGACUGUAACAAUAAAUCAGCAUGAUGUAUUU